AGAUCAAUGAGUUGGUGGAUGUCCGUGAUGUAACCAUUGGAUCCUGGUUUGAAGCACGUGUUGAAAAUGUUAAAAGAGCCUCAAAAGGACAGAAAAAUGGCAAGGCUAAUGUUAAAGGUGGCAAUUCUUUCAAAGGGACUAAUGGCAGUUUGAAUGAGGACCAUUCCAUUGAGAAUUCUCAUGUGUCGGACUCUGGCCCUUCUACUUCUUUCUCGGAUUAUGUGGAUGAUGACGAUGUAUCUUAUUUUAUAAAAUAUGACGAUUAUCCAGAAAAUGGAGUUGUAGAGAUUGAGACCUGCAAUUUGCGACCCAGAGCAAGAACCAUCUUGAAGUUCAAUGACCUCAAAGUGGGUGAAAUUGUAAUGGUGAAUUACAACAUGGGAGACACCAGAGGAGCGUGGGUUUUGGUUUGAUGCUAAAGUAACAGAACUGAAGGAACAUUCUAGAACUAACAAAGAAGUCUAUGCGAAGAUUUUGUUGGGGGGUCCUGAAGAUGCUAUAAAUGACUGUAAGAUAGUUUUUUCUGAGGAAAUUUACAAGAUAGAGAAACCUGGGGCAUACCCUCUGUCAUCUGGAGAUGGAGAGUUUAAGAGGAAGAGUGGUCCUGAAUGCAAGUACUGCAAAGCAGACCCAGAAACAGAAUGCAGAUUUUGUUCCUGUUAUGUGUGUGGAGGGAAGCAGGAUGCCCAUAUGCAGCUGCUGUGUGAUGAGUGUAACAUGGCCUACCACAUUUACUGCCUAAACCCACCACUGUCGAAGAUACCUGAAGAUGAAGACUGGUAUUGUCCUUCCUGUAAAAAUGAUUCAACUGAAGUGGUGAAGGCUGGUGAAAAACUGAAACAAAGUAAAAAGAAGGCAAAGAUGCCCUCAGCUAGUACUGAGAGUCAGAGAGAUUGGGGCAAGGGAAUGGCCUGUGUUGGGCGCACUAAAGAGUGCACUAUUGUCCCUUCAAAUCAUUAUGGUCCCAUCCCUGGUGUUCCUGUUGGGGCAUUAUGGAAAUUCCGAGUGCAGGUUAGUGAAGCAGGUGUCCAUCGGCCCCAUGUUGGUGGAAUUCACGGGCGUAGCAAUGAUGGUUCAUACUCUCUUGUAUUAGCGGGAGGAUUUGAAGAUGAAGUGGAUCGGGGUGAUGAGUUCACAUACACUGGCAGUGGUGGUCGGGAUCUUUCUGGGAACAAAAGAAUUGGAGAACAUUCAUUUGAUCAGACGUUGACUCAUAUGAACAGGGCCCUGGCCCUAAAUUGUGAUGCGGCCCUGAAUGAUAAAGAUGGAGCUGAGUCUAAGAAUUGGAGAGCUGGAAAGCCUGUCCGCGUAGUCCGAAGCUCAAAGGGACGUAGAAUCAGCAAAUAUGCCCCUGAAGAUGGCAACAGAUAUGAUGGCAUUUAUAAGGUGGUAAAAUACUGGCCUGAAAUAGGCAAGUGUGGGUUCCUAGUGUGGAGAUACCUAUUGCGGAGGGAUGACUUGGAGCCUGCCCCAUGGACUGCGGAAGGCAUUGAUCGCUCAAAAAAACUUGGACUGACUUUACAGUUUCCAGAGGGGUAUUUGGAAGCCAUGGCUAACAAAGAGAAAAAAGUCAAGAAACCACCGCCUACAAAAUCUGAACCAAGCAGUCCAGCCAGUUCAUCGAAUCAGAGAGGAAGGGGAGAAGAAGGAAAAGGAGAAGGAAAAGGAGAGAAAGAAAAGGAGAAGGGUGGAGAAGCAUUUCAACUAACGGAACAGCAGAAUUGGCUUAUUAAAGAGGACUCUCAAAACCAGAAGCUGUGGGACGAGGUUCUGUCUUCCAUAAAGGAGGGCCCUAAAUUUCUGAAAAAGGUUGAGCAAACGUUUAUGUGUGUGUGCUGCCAGGAGUUAGUUUACCAGCCAAUUACAACUGCCUGCCUCCACAAUGUGUGCAAAAGCUGUUUGCAACGUUCCUUUCGAGCAGAGGUGUACAGCUGUCCAGCAUGUCGCUUUGACCUUGGAAAGACUUACAGUAUGGUUCCAAACAAGGUCCUGCAAACACUGCUUGACCAGUUUUUUCCUGGCUACAGCAAAGGACGGUGA